AUGGCUACCAGGACUCAAUUUGAAAACUCUAAUGAAAUCGGUGUGUUCUCCAAGUUAACGAAUACUUACUGUUUGGUUGCUGUUGGUGGUUCCGAAAAUUUCUACUCCGCAUUUGAAGCUGAAUUGGGAGACGCUAUUCCCAUCGUUCAUACCACUAUCGCUGGUACGCGUAUCAUCGGCAGAAUGACCGCGGGUAACCGUAGAGGCUUGCUGGUUCCAACCCAAACUACUGAUCAAGAAUUACAACAUUUAAGAAAUUGUUUGCCAGACUCCGUUAAAAUCCAAAGAGUAGAAGAAAGACUAUCUGCCUUGGGUAACGUCAUCUGUUGUAACGAUUACGUUGCUUUAGUGCAUCCAGAUAUCGACAGGGAAACUGAAGAAUUGAUAAGUGACGUAUUAGGCGUUGAAGUCUUCCGUCAAACCAUAUCAGGUAAUAUUUUAGUCGGGUCAUAUUGUUCUUUGAGUAAUCAAGGUGGGUUAGUGCAUCCACAAACAAGUGUCCAAGAUCAAGAAGAAUUGUCCUCCUUACUACAAGUGCCUUUGGUGGCUGGUACUGUUAACCGUGGUAGUUCAGUUGUCGGUGCCGGUAUGGUCGUCAAUGACUACUUGGCAGUUACAGGUCUGGAUACUACAGCUCCAGAAUUGAGUGUUAUUGAAAGUAUUUUCCGCUUGCAAGAUGCCCAACCAGAAUCUAUUUCAGGUAACCUACGUGAUACUUUGAUUGAAACCUACUCCUAG